AGAAAAAUUUUGCCGCCAUCGUUUAACCGCCACAAAUAGUGCUUGGUGGCUUUUGCAGACGAUGUAGUCAUUCUCAGCGCUUGCUGGCUGGAUUUGUUGUUAUUUUUGUGGAUUUUAAAAGGAUACCACUGUUAAGUGCUUGGUGAACGAUUUUGGUUCAUUGUGGAGAGGAACGCGCUGCAAAAUGAACAAAUCAAAGGUGUCCUUUUCCGCUUCUUGUUGCUUCAUUUGUAAAAGUGAUGAAGAUGAUGAGCUGAUUCUUGGUAAAUUUUACAGUAAGUGGCGCAUUCGGGUGCACUAUUACUGUUUGCUGCUAACAUCGAACUUGGUGCAGAAUGGGGAAACCGAUGAGACGGGUAUUUGUGGUUUCCUACAGAAAGACAUCCGCAACGAGGAGGCCCGCAUCCGGAAUCAGAAGUGUUAUGUCUGCAAAGAACGCUACGCUAAUAUUUCCUGCUGUGCGAAAAAAUGUUUCCGAACGUUCCACACAAUGUGUGGGAUUCGAAAUGGGUGUUUGUCUCAUUUUGCCGAUACCUUCCAAUCGUGGUGUGAUAAGCAUGUCGAGUUGGAGGACGCGGUUCCGCAUGAUGCGUCGGAUGUUUGUAGUAUCUGCUACGAUGUUUUGGGACCGUACAGAAAGCUGGAGUCGGUUCGUGCGCCCUGCUGCCAGAAUGGUUGGUUCCAUCGGCGCUGCGUGGCACAGUUUGCGCAGUCGGCGGGUUAUUUUUUCAAAUGUCCUCUGUGCAACAGCAAGGAUGAAUUCAGUCGAGCGAUGCAAUUGAUGGGGGUUUAUGUGCCCGAAAAGGAUGCAGCCUGGGAACUUGAACCGAAUGCAUUUGGGGAACAACUUGAACGGCCCGCAGAAUGUGAUGCGGAUCCCUGUCUUUGUCGUUUUGGACGCGACUACGACAACGCCAAAUGGGACUUGAGACUGUGUACCACUUGUGGGUCAACCUGUCGACAUGAUCUUUGUAUGGAAGAACCUUCGAAAAAUUACGUUUGUACGUUGUGCCGUCCGAUAGUUGGCCAAGAAACGCUGGCCGCCGUGUUGGCUCUAGAGGCGGAGGAAAGGGCAAAACUUGACGCUUGCUCUUCGCCGUCCGAUGAUGAUAGUCGGUGCGGAUUGAACGGUGCAAGGUAUGAAUCGGGUAUUCAUAGUCCGGGUAGCAGCAACAGCAGCAGUGGCGCGAGUUCGAGUUCUGUACGGAUGCGCGCAUUCAGAAGAAAUCGGUCAAUUAACACAGAUUCUUCCGACAGCGAUUCUUCGGAAAUUUCGGUUCCAGCUGGCUCCAAACGCAAGAAGCGAUGUAUCGACUCGUCAGACUCCAGCGUAGAUUCUAUGAUUGUUGCUAACAAGAAACGUAAAUCGUGCCACAGAAGAUCUGUGUUACCUAGCGAAUCCAGCGAUUCGGAUGUGGUGCAUCGAAAAAAGAAAUCUAAAGCAAAAUCUAGGCUAGAAUCUUCCUCAAACUCGUCGCUGUCUUCACUAGAUCGGGAAGAAAUUCGUCUGGAAAGAUUAUUGAAGAAAAUUCCACUCUCGGACGAUGGCAUAGACAAACUGUUGAAUGCUAGGCUUAUCGUGAUGCUGGAGAAAUUGAGCGAGGAGCAAAUCAGAACCCUAACUUCUGAGAUUGAUGAUGGCGCUUCAACGGCCUCAUCGACGGCUGUCUUCGACUUCAACUAUCGCAUGAAGUUGAACAAAAAACAGCGUCGCAGAUCGUUCGCUGGGCUUCAGUCGGUCAAGGAAGCUAUACGAUCCGACACAGAGACACUAACCGAUUGCUCGGGUUUGGACAUCAUUCGAACUAAGACGUCUGCCAGCAAAAGUUUCUCGAAACGGUUUAAACUGAAACCACUGGGGCUAAAAUCUAGUGCGAAGAAAUCUGUCGAACCAGCUACUGCCAUAUCGGACACACAAUUGCCAACGGAGAAAGUAUGUCCGGACAUGAAAUCUCACCCGUCGAGCGUUCCUGUGUUCCUGCCCAGUGACGAUGAGAACACCUGCCCGAACAGUCCUCUAAAAUCAUCCGUAGAAGCACAGACUGAAACGCAACAGGCGCCUUCAUCACUGAAGCUGAAGCCACUCUUUUCGAUGUUUUCUCCUUCGCCGUCCACGGUAACAUCCAACCAGCAAUGUACUACCAUCACUGGUGGAAGCACUAAUGGGCGGACCAAUGAGCGCAAUUAUCAAACAACAUUGAAUAGUUUCUUCAAAAAAUCCCCACCAAGCGACGAGAACGAGAAGACGGUCAGUCCUAAUGUCCCCAACAGUAGUGCAAUAACGUCAGCCGAUGGAAGUAGUGGUGGGGGUGGGGACGGAAUCAGUGACAAGAAGAAAAUGGUAAAAACAACGCCGAGCAGCGCACGGAAAAAGCUGGUGGAGAUGGACCGGAGCCAGCGGAAUCUUUUGGAUUUCUUCAAUCGGUGUUGAAUGGUAACUUGGACAUGUUGAUGAUAUCAGAAAGAAAUAUUUUAUUGUGCCUAGAGUCACGAUGAGUCCAGUUUUUGGUAAACGAUUCAAUUAUUGUUUCAUGAUUGGAAGAUGAGCACGAAGAGAAGUUAUAACAUUUUUUAGAUUUUAGUUUUGUUUAUUUUAUGUUUCUCACAAAAUGAACUAUAUUAUUGCUGGAAGUUGUUGAACGAAAAACGAAGACAAAUAAAACGUACAUUGAAAUUA